GAACGCUUUCCUGACAGGUGCUCAGGAGACUCCUCCACUACUUCAGAACUAGAGCCUGUCUUGCGGAUGCUCCUCGCUACGGUUUACUGCCUGCAGUGAAACCUGAGAAGCAGAACAAGUGGAAUCUCUGAGCUUGGAGACAAAUCUUCUUGGGAUAAAGGUCUACCAUGAAGAAGAAAACAGGGUACCUCUACAAUCCUGGAGAUAGCCAUAAAGGCCCUGUUGGUUUGUACAACCUCGGACAGACUUGUUGCCUCAACUCUUUGCUGCAGGUGUUCAUCAUGAACCUGAAUUUUACCAAAAUCUUGAAGAGGAUCACAAUGCCUAGGGAUCUGGAGGAGCGGAAGACAUGCCUCCCCUACCAGCUUCUUCUGCUCAUGGAGAAGAUGCAAGACAGCCGGUUGAGAGCAGUACGGCCUGUGGAGUUGGCAUCCUGUCUGCAAAACUGUAACAUUCCAUUGUUUGUCCAGCAUGAUGCUGCCCAACUUUUCCUGACCCUCUGGAACUUGAUUCAGAGCCAAAUUACAGACUCAGAGCUGUCAGAGAGGCUGAAAGCCUUGUAGACCAUCAUUGAAGACUCCCUGGUUUGCCUUGAUUGCAACGUGAAGAGUGAGAGGGAUAGCAGCAUGUUGACCCUUUCCCUCCCUCUUUUUGAUACUGACUCAAAACCUCUGAAAACCCUGGAGGAUUCUCUACAUUGUUUUUUGAGCCCAAGAAGUUACUCAGGCGAAAACAAGUGUUUCUGUGAGAACUGUGAGUUGACUUAUUGGGAACAGACCAUGAAGGUAAGGCACUUGCCCCCAACGCUGAUGUUCCACCUCAUGCGGUUCUCUUCCAAGAAUUUCUCAAAGACUGAGAAGAUCAUCCACCCCCUGCAUUUUCCCAGAAGCCUGGAUUUCAGUCAGGUCCUUCCAGCAGAACAACAAUGUUUGGACUCUGAAGGACAGCAGUAUGAGCUUUUUGCUGUGGUUGCUCACAUGGGGACAGCCAACUGUGGACAUUACUGCGCCUAUAUCUGUAAUCCGGCUGAUGGCAAAUGGUUCUGCUUUAAUGACUCCAGUGUCUGCUUGGCAACAUGGGAAGAUAUCAAAAGGACUUAUGGGAACUAUUAUCUAUGUUGGGGAGAAACAGCCUAUCUUCUAGUUUACAUGAAGACCGAGAGCUAGUUGGCUAGCUCUCCAGCCACUUCCAUGACUGUGAGAUAAUACCAGAGUCCUUUUCUACCUUCAAAAUCUGUUGACUGUUUAAAAAGGAUUCUUGAUGUCUUUACUAUUUAUAAGGUAAUCAUUUCCAUGUGUGGUUUCCAGAACUCAAUCUUGGUUUAUGCCUAUAUAACUAUAUUUAUUAUAAAGUAUAAUUAUUUCUCAAA